AUGAAGGCCUCUCUGAUCGCAUUCAGCGCCGUCCUCGGCCUGGCCUCUGCCCAGAACGCCAUCGUCAAUAACGACUGUAGCACCACUGUGUACGUGCAGUCGUUCCCCUACGAUGGCAGCACCCCCGGCCCUCUCACCACCGUUCCCUCGGGGGGAACCUUUUCCGAGAAGUUCAGAACCUCUGGAUCGACCAUCAAGAUCGCCAAGACCAAAACGCUGACUACGCCUCUAUUCUUUGGCUAUUCAUUCUCUUCCAACCCGGACUAUGCGUACUGUGAGUAUAUCAUGUCAUUUAGCACUGAAUGGGGUAACCCCUUUGCGGCAAACCACAACACCCUGAGCCCCGGAGAAGGCUGCGAGGAAUUCGACUGCGCGGCCAACGAUGCCAGCUGCUACAGUACCCCGUCCCAGAAGAAGGUCUACGGCUGUCCCCAGCCGGUCACCUUGACGGCGUCCUUAACCACCCAGGGCCCGGGUCGCGUAGUUGAAGAUUCCAUAGCGGUAUCCCAUAAAGAAAAGAUAGUCGGUGGUAAGGGUAUAGGCGCCUCCCAGCUCGGUAAACGAGCUUCCAUCCAAGCUGUAGGAGAAGUGCGCCUCGUGAGACCCCACAGCGGCGGCACCCAGACUCACCUUCAACCACACCUUUGUCUGGGUAAUCGGAACCGUUGCUACAGUCGUGCCUGUGCUUGUCGUUCCUCCGUAGGUUCCCAUAUCCCAUUACGGACUAUUCCGAUCCAAGCACUCGCGUCCUUGAGAGCCGCUAGACCGGCAUGGUCUCCAUCCGCCAUUUUGCUGAAGUCGAUUUCCACUAUUCCAUACGGAUUUGCACCAUGA